AUGAAUUAACUCAAUUUCGAUAAAUUGCUAUAUCCAAUUAUGAUGUCCAUACGAAGUCUUCGAACAUAUUUUAAAUAAGAUGAUGAAAAUAAUCGCAUAAUCCUAGUAUUGAUUCUUAAUUGAUUAAGGAUUGUCAAAAUAAGGUGGAAACAUUUGUUCUUUCCAUUAUGCACUUUAUACUUGAUUUAAUAGUUAAUGGUUCUAAUCAUACAACUAUAUCUUUUAAUAAUAAUGUUCCUAUACUUUAAAGAGAAUUAAAGAACAAACUUGAAUGUAUUCAAAACUUUGUACAAACAAAAGAUGUGACGAUAUUAAAAAAGAACAUUUUGAAAUUUUAUGACUUAAGAGAAGGCUUUAGUGAAACUGAGAGUGAAGAUGAAGGAGUUAGUUUGCAAAUCAAAUUGGUAUAACCUAGGUCCUCUUAUAAGGCAGACGGGUAAGAUGAAGGAGUUUAACCCUGAAAUACAGUAACUUCGACUUGAAUUGGACCAAAAAGAGUCCACCAUCCAAGCUUUGAAAUAGAAACUCUCUUAUCGUUAGAAUAAUAUGGAAUAAAUGGUUCAUAAUCAUCAUAAAGAAGUUUCUGUACUCAAAGCAUAAUUUGCACUAAAUCCAUAACCAGAUGAUCAUUCAUCUAUUUUCAAUAUAAAGUAUUUUGAUUAAACAUAAAUGCUUGAUCCUGAAAUGGUAGUUUUAAUGAAUGAAAAAAUAGAUGAUAUUAAAUCUUAAUAUGAACGUUAUGUAAAGUAAUUUAAGGAUUAAUUUCAAAAAUAACGAUUACAAUAAAACUAUGAAGAAAAUAUAAAGAAACCAUAAAUAGAUGAUUUUACAUCCAAAGAUCUAUUGAAAAUUGCUCUUUAAAAAGAAACAAAUCCUUAUAUUUUCUUUAAGAAUAUUUAAGAUCUUAAAUCUAUUAAUUAUAUUAUAAAUAUUUUAAAUAAUUAAGAAAAUGAAUAUGGAAUUGAUUAUGAUAAAAUUAAUAAUGUAUUGAAAACAAAAAAUGAAGAUUUAAAAAGAAUAAUUGAUACUAGAAUUAUUAUGGAAGAUUGUCAAGCUUAAAUGAGUGCUUAAUAUCUUGUAGAUUUAGAGAAAAAGAAAGAAGAGAUUUUUGAAUUAAAUUAAAUGAUUACUUAAUAAGAGAUUGAAUAUAAACACUAAUUAAAGUUAUAUUUGGAUUUAAUAUAAAAUAAUUAUGAAAACACUAAAUAAAAUGAAAUGAUAAUAAAUUAAUAAUAAAAGAUUGAGUAGAUGAGAUCUGAAAAUCACAAUCUCUCUACUAUGUUGAUAAAUCAAAAAUAACAUUUUUAAUAAUUGAAGUAAUAAAAUUAAUUUCUUAUGAACAAUUUAAAAAAUAUAUUAAAUAUUCUAUUAAAAAAUAAAGGAUAAAAUAAUUUAGGAUUAGAUAAAUAUGAUUUGUUGAAAGAGAAAUCUACCCCUAUUAAAGAUAUACUUAAUAAAUUAAAUAAUUUAGAAGGAUAUGAUCUCAUUACUUUAAUUUAAGAAGUAAAAUUACUUCUUUAUUAAAGUGAAUCGUUAAAAGUUGUAAAUUAAAUUUCAGAAAGAGGAAAACUUAAUAAACAAACGUAAACAGUUCCUAUGAUUCAAUAAUUUAUAGAAUAAAAAGAUGAAAAAAAAUCAAAAGAAAAAAAAGAAUCAAAAUUAAUUAUGAAACAUUUAGAAAGAAUUAGAUAAGAAAAUAUUAAAUAAAGUAAAUUAAAGAUAGCCUCUACUUAAACUGAUAGUAACGAUUUAAAUUUAUUGUAAGAUCAAGAAACUAUAUAUAAUCAAUAAACAAGGCUCAUGUCAUAAAGUCAAAAAUGUGGAAAUUAACCUUUAAAUAUGUUAUUAAAGUAAGUACAAUCUUCAUUAGAAGAAAAACAUAAAAGGUUUAGAGAAUUAACUUCAGAGCCUUCUUUUGAAAAACAUAACUCUAUUUUCGAUAAAUUAUAUACCUAAUAGAAGUUUGAAAAUCCUAGAUGGCAUUAAUUAAAGUCUUUAAUUGAAAAACUAACAGAUGAUGAAUUCCUUGAAGUUAUCAAUACUUUAGAAAUAUAUUCAUAUAAAUAAUAAUAAUUAACUUAAAAUACUACUCUAGAAAUACCAUAAUAUGAUAUUAGUAGAAUUUAAUAAACUAUUAAUUAUAAAAGUAUUAAUAACAAAAGAAGAGAUUCAAGUGUAGAUUAAACAAAAAAGUAUACUAUUAUUUUAUUAAGUGUUUUUAUUGAAUUAGAUGAAUAGAGAGAAUAAGCAUCAAAAUUAUUUGAAUAAUAGAGGAUUGAUACUUAUCGAAGAAGAAUAAAAAGAUUAGUUCCAGUUUAACCUAGUUAGUGUUUAUAAGUUGAAGAAAAAUUAAGGCCAAAAAGUUAAAUUAGAAGUAGUUAGCAAAAGCCUAGUUACUGA